AUGAACGGAAGCACCUACGACAACCACGACAAAAUCUCCUUCGACAACUACAGCUCCUACGACAACAACAGUAGCUCCUACAACGCCAAUAACAACUGCAGGUCCUACUACCAAUUUAACUCCUACGACAAGCACAAAUGUAGCUCCUACAGCAAGCACAACAGCAGCUGCUACGACAAUCACUGCAGCUUCAAUGACAUCUACAACAAGCCCCACAAUACCCCCUACAGCAACAACUGCAGCAACUACAACAGCAAUCAUAGCUGCAGGUCCUACUACCAUUUUAACCGCGACAACAACCACAAAUUCAGCUCCUACAGAAAUCACAACUGUAGCUCCUACAACCCCCGCAAUGUCAGCUUCUACUAUAACAACUGUAGCUCCUACGAUAACUACAACUGCAGCAGCUCCUACAACAACAACUCUACUACAACAACCACAACAGCAGCUCCUACAACACCAACUGUAGCUGCUUCCACAACCAGUACCACAGCCCCUACUGCAACCAGAACUGAAGAAGCUUCUACAAAAACCACAACAUCAUCCCCUACGACAACUGCAGCUUCUACUACAACAGGAACUCCUAUAACCACUACAACUGCAGCAGCUCCUAUAACAACGACUGUAGCUGCUUCCAAAAGCACCCUUGCACUCAAUACUGCAACAACAACUGCAGCACCUACAACAACUUUAGCUAGUAUAACAAGCAUAACAGCAGCUCCAACGACAACCACUGCUGCAGCUACAAAUACAAAAAAUGUUGCUCCUACGACAAUAACUGUAGAUCCUGAUACAACUACUAGUGCUGAAGCUACUAUGAAAACCACAACAGCAGCUCCAACAACACCUGUACCUGCUUCCACAACCACUACUGCAACCACAACUGAAGCUUCUUCUUCAACAUCUGUAGCACCUACGACAACCACAACCACGUCCCCUUCGACAACUGUAGCUCCUACAACGCCAAUCACAACUGCAGGUCCUACUACCACUUUAACCCCUAUGACAAGCACAAAUGUAGCUCCUACAGUAACCACAACAGCAGCGAGUACAACAACUGUAACUCCUAUGACCACUACAACAACUACAACAGCAACAGCAAUCAUAACUGCAGGUCCUACUACCAGUUUAAAUCCUACAACAACCACAACUGUAGCUCCUAUGACCACAACAACUGCAGGAGCUCCUACAACAACUGUAGCUGCUUCCACAACCACUACAACAUCCCCUACUGCAACCAGAACUGAAGAAGCUUCUACAAAAACCACAACAUCAUCCCCUACGACAACUGCAGCUUCUACUACAACAGGAGCUCCUAUAACCACUACAACUGCAGCAGCUCCUAUAACAACGACUGUAGCUGCUUCCAAAAUCACCCUUGCACUCAAUACUGCAACAACAACUGCAGCACCUACAACUUUAGCUAGUAUAACAAGCAUAACAGCAGCUCCAACGACAACCACUGCUGCAGCUACAAAUACAAAAAAUGUUGCUCCUACGACAAUAACUGUAGAUCCUGAUACAACUACUAGUGCUGAAGCUACUAUGAAAACCACAACAGCAGCUCCAACAACACCUGUACCUGCUUCCACAACCACUACUGCAACCACAACUGAAGCUUCUUCUUCAACAUCUGUAGCACCUACGACAACCACAACCACGUCCCCUUCGACAACUGUAGCUCCUACAACGCCAAUCACAACUGCAGGUCCUACUACCACUUUAACCCCUAUGACAAGCACAAAUGUAGCUCCUACAGUAACCACAACAGCAGCGAGUACAACAACUGUAACUCCUAUGACCACUACAACAACUACAACAGCAACAGCAAUCAUAACUGCAGGUCCUACUACCAGUUUAAAUCCUACAACAACCACAACUGUAGCUCCUAUGACCACAACAACUGCAGGAGCUCCUACAACAACUGUAGCUGCUUCCACAACCACUACAACAUCCCCUACGACAACUGCAGCUCCUACAACUCCAGCAACAACAGCUUCUACUAUAACAACUGGAGCUCCUACGACCACAACAACUAACCACUACAGCAGCCCCUACUGCAACAACAACUGCAGCUCCUUCAACAACAACUUUAGGUACUUUCACAAGCACAACAGCAGCUGCUACGAAAAUCACUGCAGCUUCAAAGACAUCUACAACAAGCCCCAAAAUACCCCCUACAGCAACAACUGCAGGUUCUACUACAACAACAUCCCCUACGACAACUGCAGCUCCUACUAUAGCUCCUAUGAACACUACAACUGCAGCAACUACAACAGCAAUCAUAGCUGCAGGUCCUACUACCAUUUUAACCGCGACAACAACCAAAAAUUCAGCUCCUACAGAAAUCACAACUCUCCUACGAUAACUACAACUGCAGCAGCUCCUACAACAACUGUAGCUGCUUCCACAACCACUACUGCAGCCCCUACUGCAACAACAACUGCAGCUCCUUCAACAACAACUUUAGAAAUCACAACUGUAGCUCCUACAACCCCCGCAAUAUCAGCUUCUACUAUAACAACUGUAGCUCCUACGAUAACUACAACUGCAGCAGCUCCUACAACAACAACUAACCACUACUGCAGCCCCUACUGCAACAACAACUGCAGCUCCUUCAACAACAACUUUAGGUACUUUCGCCAGCACAACAGCAGCUGCUACGACAAUCACUGCAGCUUCAAUGACAUCUACAACAAGCCCCACAAUACCCCCUACAGCAACAACUGCAGCUCCUACGAAAACAACAGUAGCUCCUACAACGCCAAACCCAACUGCAGGUCCUACUACCAAUUUAACUCCUACGACAAACAGAACUGUAGCUCCUACAGCAACCACAACAGCAGCUACUUCUACUAUAACAACAGGAGCUCCUACGAUAACUACAACUGCAGCAGCUCCUACAACAACAACUGUAGCUGCUUCCACAUCCACUACUACAGCCCCUACUGCAAUAACAAGUGCAGCUCUUACUACAACAAGCACACCAACGGCUCAUUCGACAACCACUGCAGCUCCUACUACCAUCACAACAACUGCAACUCCUACAACAACUACAACUGCAGCUACAACAAAUGUUUUACUUAUGACACUCACAACUGUAGCUCCUACUACCACAACUGUAGCUCCUGCUGCGGAUGUUAUGAUAACAACUGUACCUACAACCACUACAUCUGCAGCACCUACUAUGAUAACCACAGCUACAAAUACAAAAAAUGUAGCUCCUUUGACAACCAGAACUGCAGCUCCAUCUACAGUAACUAA